GGAUAUACCAUUCGCAAUUUGGCAACGUUUACGCAAUAUAUAGUAUCCGUACAAGUAUUUAAUCCGGAAGGAGACGGUCCGCCGACCAGCGUAGCAGUUAUGACGGACGAAGGAAUUCCGAGUGCCCCGUUAAAUUUAACUGUCGUCAGAGUCACGGACAGCUCGAUUCGCUUAAGAUGGCACCAACCGGAAAGGCCCAACGGCGUGGUGAGAGGAUACAAGGUCUACUAUUUACACAUGGCUCGUAAUCUUACGGAAACCCGCAAGACGACCGAUCUCCGUCGCGAUAUGGAAUUCGUUCUGGCUAAUUUAAAUCCGUACACUCUGGAACCAGCAGCAAUGGCAGAGGAUAUUACGGAGGUGGAAAACGAUGAUCCAGAUAACCCGGAUUUCCUGAAUUUCACAUUGGAACAAGAAUUAGAGAUGCAACUAAAGCGUGAGAAAGAAAACUUCAUGAAACGGAAAGAAACUAGUACUGAGAAGGAUUAUGAUAAGUUAUUAAAAAAGGAAAUGGCUGUUUAUGAAAGUGAGGGAGUCAGAGGUGAAAACUUAUCUUUGAUUUAUCAUUAUUUGAUGACACUGAAACCAACUAGCAUAGAGGCAGAAAAGGCCUUAUAUAGGAUACAAAUUUUUCUGUGUUUAACAGGUCCAAGUGCUCCCAACAUUGUAAAUCUCACCUGUCAGUCUCUGGAUAGCUUAUUUCUACAGUGGGAAAGACCUCAAACGUUCUACAGGAAUAUCGAUUACUAUCUCGUGUACUAUCGUUCUGAAGAUUCCUGGGAAUUUCAGGAACUAAUAAUGACUGCUCCCGAAGAUCGCAUUGACCAUGCUAUGUUUAUUCCCAAUUUAACUGCAAAUACUUUGUACGAAGUCAAAGUGAGAGGAGUCACUCAUAGCAUCAUAGAGAAUUCUAAGGCGUAUAAAGGACAGUUUUCGACGUCGAGAAAAGUAGUUCUUCAAAAUAAAUGUCCAAGUUUUACUGGAUCUCCGUAUACCGAUACGACAGUAAGUGCCGGAAUGGUUGCAGGAGUCAUGUGUGCAUCAUUUGCAUUAUUAUUAGCUAUCAUCUCGUUCAUUCUGUGGAGGUAGGUGAUAAAUUUUAAUUGUCUAAAAAUACUUUAACCCUUUAGGGGGAGUACUUGGAAACAUAUCCAAGAAGAUAAAGCUUGUAGUAACACAAAACGACACAGUAGAGCAACAAAAUGUGACAAAUUGUCAAAAAAACUUUAUAAUUUACAAUAGAAUAGUAUAGCAAUAUCUCAAACAAGAGUCGCCAGCAGCAAGACUGCUCAACAGCACCCCCAUUUUCAUUUAAUUUUAUCAUAUAUAAAAGCUUAGAUAAGAUUAAGAGUAAUAAUACCAUCAUCAAAACUAAGUUUUAUUCUUUUUUAUUUCAUUUAAUGUGAAUAAAGUAUGUUAAAAUGUAUCUUUACAGAGUUUAUAGUUUCUAGUUAGAAAAACCAACAAAAUUUUAAAGUACUGUAUUUACUCGGGUAUAGGACAAUCUCACGUAUAGGACAAAGUGUAUUCUUAGAGAUCAAAAUAAAGAAAAUUAGAUUUAUUAGUACAG